GAUAUCUGGACAUGGGCGACAUUAGCCAGCAGCUGGCCCUCAAAGAGAGGAUGCAGUGCAAAAGCUUCCAGUGGUUUGUGGACAACGUCGCAUAUGAUCUGUUAAGGAAAUAUCCCGAGCUACCACCUAAUCUCCACUGGGGCGAGUUCCGAAACGCUGCAACGUCGCUGUGUCUGGACACUAUGGGUCACCCCGCCCCCAACCUGAUGGGGGUGUCGCAGUGUCAUGGCUUCGGCAACAAUCAGCUGGUACGACUGAACAGCGCGGGCCAGCUGGGCGUCGGUGAGCGUUGCGUCGACGCGGAUGCUCAGGGCAUCAAGCUCAUCUUCUGCAGACUAGGCACGGUCGAUGGCCCCUGGAUUUACGAUGAGGACACACACGUUCUCAAGCACAAACGCUUCAACAAGUGCGUGUCGCUGCAUCCGUCCAGCAACCAGCUACAACUGCUGCCAUGCGACCCCAUCAACAACUACCAGAAGUGGACCUUCAAACAAAUUACCCCUAACUGGUGAACUAAAGCAGCCAGUUACUGGUGAACUAAUUGCAGCCAGUUACUGGUGAACUAAUUGCAGCCAGUUACUGGUGAACUAAUUGCAGCCAGUUACUGGUGAACUAAUUGCAACCAGUUACUGGUGAACUAAUAGCAGCCAGUUACUGGUGAACUAAUUGCAGCCAGUUACUGGUGAACUAAUUGCAGCCUCCAGUUACUGGUGAACUAAAGCAGCCAGUUACUGGUGAACUAAUUGCAGCCAGUUACUGGUGAACUAAUAGCCACCAGGUACUGGUAAACUAAUAGCAACCAGUUACUGGUGAACUAAUAGCCACCAGUUACUAGGUAGUGAACUAGUAGCAAUUAGUUUUUCUCCUUUAACGCUUGGUGAGCGUUACAAUGUCAUCAGCCUUGCAUGACGUUUGGCUAUCAAUCUGAAUCCUUGUUAGCUUACAAUUUCCAAUUUGUGAUCUUAAAUAAAAUUUCUCUUUAUUUCCUUUAAGUAGAACGUUAUUAUUAGUUAUUACGUACGGUGAAUGAAAUUUUUUUCAUUAUUAGAGAAGUCUGAUUUUUAAAACUUGUUGAAAUUCUACCUAAUGCAGCACUAAUAUGUGAACAUUUUAGUUCUAGUUCUGUCACCAUUCCAAGUAAAAAGUUGGAUAGCUUCUUUUAAGUAUAAGCAUGCAGUAGCUUCGUUCUGUCGGCGUAUUCUAAUAUAAAUGUAAGAUUUUAACUCAUUCUUCGCUUUUCAGACUCCUGGGAAAUUCCAACAAUUAUUCCUGUGAAGUGAUAUGCGCCAAUAAAUGUAGGUUUCAAACGCAAACUUUUGCUGUUACAGUAUUCUCCUACGUUGAUCCUUCCAAAUGGUUUUUAUCGUAUCGUAAUGAAAGCAAGCAGGCAUUCGGGAUUCAACUUUGUUUCCCUUAGAAAUUAGUCACUGUUGUGCGCCGGCAUAAGGGUAUUCUAUGUAGCCUUCUGCCUAAAGCCGACUAACCGCUUAUUAAUUUUUGGUGCGGUGAUGUAGCGUGUUAUCAUAAUCCAGUUUUAAAAGUUUUCUGGAAAUGAAGUUUUGCACUCUUUAAUGUUUUUUUAUGCAUGGUUAACGCGUAUUUUCCGAGCCGCCUACAGUUUAUUGCAACAUUCCUCUGUCCUGUCCUUAUUAGAUAUGAAUGUAUGAACAAUUACUCUGUGCUUCAGAAGCUAUUUUUAUUCGUCGAAUUACGAUGCGGCAUUGCAAAUUUGUUCUCUUCCUAAGUGCAUUUUGUUGUUACUCGUUAGUACGCGUACAAGAAAUAAAGCAAUUGUAUAAUUCUAUCUCAUUUUUGGGAAUUGAAUUUCCCAAGAAAGUACGAAUCUUGCAAUGAUGUUAAAUCUCCGUGUUACGUACAGUAUUGGUUUGCGAAAAUAUUCAUCCAGAAACCGAAACUUAAAUUUAUACAUCUGCAUUUUGCCUCAAUUCGUUUCCGUGACGUAAUCCUCGACUUUAACUUACAACCGCUGUUAGCUGUUGCGUAUAGAAUUAAUUUAUAACGCUAUUAUACAGUUAGCGUUUGUUUACUUAUUUGGCACGAUUAUGGAACUUGGAGCGUUGUCAUGUUCAUCUGAGUCGAGAUUAUUUUGUAAUAUGGGCUUUAACUACAGAUAGUCUCAUGAAUAUUAAAUUCUUUGUUAUUUCAUGAUAAAUAAUAAUAAAUUCCACGUCUUAUACCUCGUAUUUUUUAGCGUGAUGUAACUAUGCCUUUCUAAAAUUUUGAAGUUGGAUUCUUGAAAAAAUGGCGUCAUUGAGAGCAAUUUAUGCUCCCUGUAAAUUGAGUGCUUGGGUUAAGGUUGUACUAUAUUAUUUUGCGCUUGGGACGUGGGUUUGUUUCGCACUUAAUGAGUGGUCUUUUAUUGCUAUGCUUCAUGUUAUGAACUGUUUGAUGAGUCCAUCAUUCGGUGCAAAGGUUGGAUUGUGGUUGUAUCUGCUUGUGUUUUGUAAUAAACUGGGAGUCUAAUGCACAAAUUUGGUUAUCGAAUUGACGAGAAUGAUGCGGUUAUUUUUUAUUGUAAGUAUUCUUUGUGCACUCGUAGGGUACGCACACAG